AUGGCUGAGAAGGCAGCGCUGACCCGACUCCGGCGUGAGUAUGCCAUCAUCCAGCAGUCGCCUAAAAUCCCCCAUAUUGUCGCCAGGCCAUCUGAAACAAAUAUUCUAGUGUGGCACUUCGUUUUGCAUGACCUGCCGGCUGAGACACCUUACCGUGGAGGUGUUUAUGAAGGGAAACUAGUGUUCCCACGAGAAUACCCGCUCAAGCCGCCAGCCAUUUACAUGCUCACACCAUCUGGCAGAUUUGAUAUCAACACAAGGUUGUGUUUGAGCAUGUCGGAUUUUCACCCAGAGAGCUGGAAUCCAUCCUGGCGGAUUGAAUCAAUUCUUGUGGGUCUGGUCUCCUUCAUGCUGGACCCAAGCGAGCCACGCACAACAGGCGGCAUGCAUACGUCGGAAGGCAAGCGUCGGGAUUAUGCCCGAGCAUCCUUCGCAUUCAACACUGCCCGGCCAGAAUUCUGCCAACUCUUCCCCGAGUUUUGUGAUGAGUGCAAGCGAAGUGGGGAUGGCUGCUUUUCACUGGCUGCAGAUGCCACUGCAUCGGCGGAAGCAUCCGAGACUACCGGAACAACGGAUAAGGCAGAAGCCCGAGGCCAACAAGUGCAAGCACGAGAUCGUGAACCGCCGAAGCAGAAUCUGCCAAGACUGCUCUUGGUAUUUUCAGGCAUCGUGCUUCUCGCGUCUUUCUUCGGAUCGAGCCUGCGAUGGCAGCGUCCGUAA